AUGCGCACCUCCCGGAUAUCACGCGAUACAUCGCGCAUCCUCGCCGCAAGCCGAACACUACGUCAGACCCGCUCCGGCGCGAACCCACCCGUCCACGACGCUUCAGACUCCGAAUUGAGCUCUGUGCCGACGGAUGCAGGCUCAGAUGGCGACUUCGCGACUCCUCCGCCUAAGAGAAGGAAGACUGUACGAGAUACACCGGUGAAAGUCAAGCACGAGAGCAAGGAGGUAUCUUUGACAAGCACCACGUCGCCGAAGAAGGAAGCAAAGCCAAAGAAAGCGCGUCGCGUACCUGCGAAGAAGAUCAAUGGCGCAGGUGGGAGUGUCAAAAUCGAGCCGCCGCCCAAUUGGGAGGAGAUAUAUGCUCUGACACGAGAGAUGCGCAACGAGAACCUCGCGCCGGUGGACACAAUGGGUUGCGAAAGUCUGGCAGACAAGCAAAGGAGUCCGCGCGAUCAGCGCUUUCAGACACUCGUAGCGCUUAUGUUGAGCAGUCAGACAAAGGACACAGUCACAGCUGUCGCUAUGCGAGGCAUGCAAGAACGAAUGCCAGGCGGCUUCAAUCUCGAAUCCGUUCUCGCAAUCGAACCUGCCGAGCUCAAUGGUUUCAUCAACAAAGUCGGUUUUCACAACCUCAAAACCAAAUACAUCAAACAAACUGCCGAAAUCCUGCGCGACAAGUUCGCCUCCGACAUCCCCGACACAGUAGCCGGGCUCGUCUCACUCCCGGGAGUCGGCCCCAAGAUGGCAUACCUCACACUCAGCGCAGCAUGGGGCCGCGACGAAGGUAUCGGCGUCGACGUGCAUGUGCACCGCAUCACGAACCUAUGGGGCUGGCAUACGACACAGAACCCAGAACAGACACGAGCGGCACUGGAGAGCUGGCUGCCAAAGGACAAGUGGCACGAUAUCAAUAAUCUGCUGGUAGGGUUUGGACAGACGAUCUGUCUGCCGGUGGGGAGGAAGUGUGGGGAUUGUAAGUUGAGCGAAAGAGGCCUAUGUCCGAGUGCGGUGGUUGGUGUCAAGAAGAAGAUCAAGAAGGAGUCUGUUGUCAAAGUCGAGCCUGAUGGAGAGGAAACAGUGAAGGAAGAGACAGUUGUUGCUGAGGUCAAUGAGGUGAAGGCUGAGGAUGUGGAUGUCGCGGUUGGCGAUAUCGAAGACAUCGGACGAGCAUCUCGAAAUCGUUCAACACGAAGCAAGACUUAA